CAGUUCAUCUUCUCAUCCUCGAGCUUUAUCCACUAUAUCGUCAUCGUCUCCAGCUUUGGCACGUCUUUCGCGGUUUGAUCAUUCGACUUCGAGUAAGUCAAGUCUACCAGCGUCUCUCAAUAUGUCUGGAUGUGGUAAUUCAUCAUGCUCAUGCGGAGCAUCUUGCAGCUGCAACGGAUGCAGCUGCAAGAGGUCGUUUGACACCUUCCCAACUGUUACCAACAUGGAGGGAUUCCAGGAUGAAGGAUGCAAGUGUGGAGACAGCUGCAGUUGCAAUCCUUGCAACUGCAAAUGAAGUAUUUCGACUCGGAAAAGAUGAUCGACUACUCCAGACGGUUCAAUGACCACGUUUUGGUCACUGUCACGCUGCACGCCAUGAUAGACUUCGUGACAUACCUAUGCAUAAAAAAUAAACAGUUUUUUCAUUUUGCUAUGUUCAUUAGAACCCAAGUGUGGGCACGUAUAUGCACUACACUGUGAUUAAAAUAUGUCUUACGAGUGAAUAGAUUUAAUAAAUCAUAACGGAGCAAUAACCUCUGAAACGGGGCCUCUUUUAUUUCUGCAAUCGAUGUCUCUAGUCACUUGCUC